GAAGCUUUUAUUAGUCCAUUUACUUGGUAGAUUAUGUACAAAAAUGAACCAAAAAAUGUAAAAAAAAGGAGAAAAAAAGAUAAAUAAGAAUGCUAGCCAUAAAGAGGUGUCACAUCACCUUAUUUAUGCUUAGCUUUAUAUUAUAUAUAGAUUUGGAUACAUGAUAAGAAUAAAAAAGUUAUCUUUUCCCUUUAACUUUAAACUAGUGUUAAUCAACAAAAAUAAAAAUAAAAGAGAGAAAAAAAAAAAAUAGGAGCGAGUCCACCGUGAUGUAGUGAUGAUAAAGCCACCUCCAAAUUCAAUCACAUGUUAAUGUCGUGAUCAUAUUCAUAAUUGUUCCUCAGAGCUUUUUCUUUUCUUUAUUUUGGCAGUGUAAAAACGAAUGGCAAUGAUGGAUGGAGGUUCAUUCUCGUCAAGCAUAGGAGAUUCUAUUGAUUUUGAGGAGAAGGAUCUUUCACUUAGUGAUAAGCUUAAAGUCUUUAAAGCUUCUGCCUUUGAUCCUGAUUCUUAUGUCACCAAUCGAUGUCGUCACAUGAGCGAAAAGGAAAUAAGGCAUUUAUGCCAUUACCUUGUGGACUUGAGGAAGGCUUCUGCAGAGGAAAUGAGGAAAAGUGUUUAUGCUAACUAUGCCGCUUUCAUACGCACAUCAAGGGAAAUUUCCAAUCUUGAGGGACAGCUUAUUGCCUUGAGAAAUCUGCUAUCUACUCGAGCAGCAAUUGUUCAUGGUUUAGCUGAAGGAAUCAAUGUUGAUUCUCUGUCUAGCUCUGACGCUUCAACACAAGAUGAUAGGUCUAAUCAUGGCGACAAUGACACCGCCAAUACUGAGAGUUGGUUAGGCCAAUUUAUAGAGAAGCUUGAAGUGCUACUUGCUGAGAAGAGAGUCGAUGAAGUUUUGGAUGUGCUAGAUGAAGGUGAAAAUAUGGCAAAGAGUAAACAGACGACAUUGACUCCAUUGGCGUUAUUAUCAUUGCAGAAAGUUAUCACUGAACAGAAGCAAAAGUUAGCAGCACAGUUAGCAGAAGCUUCUUUCCAGCCUUCAGUCAGUGCUGCUGAGCUUCGCUCUGCAGUACAAGCUCUAAAACGCCUUGGUGAUGGGCCCCGUGCUCAUACCUUAAUGUUAAGUUCUCACCAGCAGAAGUUGCAUGGUAAUAUGCAAGGUCUUCGGCCUUCAGGUACUUCACAUGGAGUAGCAUAUAGUGCUGCUCUUUCGCAGCUUGUUUUCUCGACGAUUGCACAGGCCACAAAUGAUUCCUUGACCUUAUUUGAUGAUGAACCUUCUUAUUCAUCUGAGCUAGUAACUUGGGCUGUCAACCAAACUGAGAAUUUUGCUCAUCUUAUUAAGAGAUAUGUCAUAGCUUCACCAGCAGCAUCAGGAUGCUUAAGACCUGUUGCUGAGAGUGUUCACAUAAGUCUCGGGCACUGCUCUCUGCUAGAAGCUCGCGGAUUGGCACUUUCACCGGUUCUAUUGAAAAUCUUUAAGCCCUGUGUUGAGCAAGCACUGUAUGCCAAUAUAAAGAGGAUUGAGCAGUGCACUGCUGCACUUGCUGCUGCAGAUGAUUGGUCGCUAACUUAUCCACCAACUGGGUCACGUUCUCUAGGAACUGCAUCUCUUGCUGGUGUAAUUGCCUCCCAGCCAAAACUCUCAAGCAGUGCUCAUAGAUUCAACACAAUGGUUCAGGAACUCUGCGAGGACAUUAGUCCUCUUGAAAUCUUACAGUUAUCUGAGCAAACUUUGGAAGGUGUGAUGCAAGUGUUUAAUGCAUACAUAAGUAUGUUGAUAAAAGCAUUACCUGGUUCAGUGGACAAUGAGAACCUUGAAGGAUCUGUAAAUAGAAUUGUAAGAACGGCUGAGACAGAACCCGAACAGAUUGCUUUACUAGCUAAUGCAUUAUUGUUAGCAGAUGAGCUAAUCCCUCGUGCAGCCGGCAAGCUUUCAUCUUCACAACAAUCUAAUAAUAAGACGGAUGAUACAUCUAAACGAAGUACGGAGAGGCAAUCCCGUCCUGUAGAGCAAAGAGAACUGAAGCGAAGACUCCAACGUUUAGUUGAUCAGUUGCGUGACAGCUUUUGUAGGCAACAUGCACUUGAACUCAUUUUCUUGGAAGAUGGUGGCGUUCGUUUGAGUCCAGACAUGUACCUAAAUAUGGAUGGAAAUCCAGAAGAGAUAGAGUGGUUUCCAUCUCCAGUAUAUCAGGAAAUGUUUGGAAAGUUGACUCGAAUUGCAAGCAUAGCAUCAGAUAUGUUUGUAGGAAGAGAAAGAUUUGCUACAAUUCUUUUGAUGAGGCUCACUGAAACUAUCAUUCUAUGGCUUUCUGAAGAUCAAACUUUUUGGGAAGAGAUUGAGCAAGGGCCAAGGCCUUUAGGUCCACUUGGCCUUCAACAGUUUUAUUUAGAUAUGGAGUUUGUGAUACUCUUUGCUUCACAAGGGCGUUACUUGUCUCGAAAUCUUCAACAAGUAAUCAAAAACAUCAUAGGCAGAGCCAUUGAAGCAGUUGCUGCAAGCAAAAUUGAUCCUUACAGUGUACUUCCAGAGGAUGACUGGUUCGCAGAAGUUGCUCAAAUUGCUAUAGAUAUGCUAACUGGGAAAACACAAGUUGGGGGCAUGGAGAAUGUUAGCAGCCCUACAGCAUCAUCGGUUCUUUCUCAUGGAAGUAACUGAUAUUUAGCAACAUUUGAGGACAGCAAUCAACUAAAAUACUUCAUUUACUUCUUGAUUUCUUGAUUUGAUAAUCAGCUAAGAUACUUCAUUCAGUUGGUGUAAAAUUUAUUUUCUUAAUUACUCCUAUAUUCUAUUUUUAGCUAAAGUCAAACUAGGUUCCUCGCUGAACGAAAAAUGUAUGUAGUUCUUUUAUUGUCGUUUGCACUGUCACUGUGAAUAUCCCUUUGCUACAAUAUAUGAAAUAAGUGGGACUUGUUUAUGCAAAUCAACUUUUUCUUAUGCCUAAGGCGGCAUCAGUUGGUACUCGAAAUGAUUCCAAAUCUUUCUCCAUAUUUAUGAGUGAGCCAACAUUUCCUUCUUACAUUGUCUUGCAAAGAAUGCCCGAUGGUUGUGUGAUUAUGUGAACGGAAACUCAAUCUUAGACUCGCACAAACAGUUAAAGAAAGAGGAAGAUUAGGAAGAUUUUCCAACUGCCCUCAGUAUUAUCCAAUGUAUCAAGAAACAUCAAAGUUGUCACCCAGGAUUAGUGAUCUAAUAGGGAAGAUGCGUAGCUGUAGCAUUAUCAGUAUUGUUGUCGUUGCCUAAAACCAGUAUAGCUCUAGGAGAUAUAGCUGUAAGAAUCAUUCUUCAUAAUAAACUCUUUCCUGAUUUCCCUUGGCUUUUUUUUUUCUGAAUUUACUUGAGCAUUACAGAGUCACUGAAAGGAGUCGUUAUAUUAUGAAGCAAGAGAAAAUCAUUUCGCAAGUAGAAUUCCAGAGCAGUGUUUUAAG